UUCGCAAAUCAAAAAAUAAAAAUGGAAAUUUCGCUCAAAGCGAAAACCAAUCAAUCGAUUGGUCGCGGAAGGGAAGGAAAAGGGGAAAGGCGAGGGAAGUAGAGAAGAGAAAGCAAAGGCGAAGACGGGGAGCAGAAAACUCCACCCCGACGGAGGCCAUCCGGUUCGCUGCCGGCCCGCUCCUCCUCCUCCUCGCCGGCGUUCCCAAGAGGUCCCAUGGAGGAGGACGGCCCUAGCCGGAGCGGCCUGCCGCCGGUCGGGGAGUGCGAAUGGAGGGAGGAGCUGAGGCAGCAGCAGUCCCAGGUCGAGGCGCUGCGCGACCGGCUCGUGGAGGUCAAGGUCGGGAUGCGGCGCUCCGAGGACGAUUCCGGCCGGGAGCUCGAGCACCUGUGCCGCAGGGUCAAGACCAUCGCCACCCUGCUGGCGUACCUCAAAUCCAAGGCCAGGAUCAUGGCGAUACCGCACCUCGCGCACACGUCCUGCGGGAUCAGGAACCAGGACGGCGUGGGGUUCGUGGACCGGCACGGGGUGCCCCUGGCCGAUUGGUCCAAGGCCGCCGAGCCCGCUUCCUGUGGGGCAGGUUCGGAUGACCGGGCGGCUGCAGAGGGUAGCGGCGUUCACAAGCAUGGGGACGCCGUUGAGGGGGAUGGAGAUGUCGAUGAUAUUCUCAAGUCCAUCCGCGUGGUGACCGACGUCAUGGAGUCUCUUGUCAAGAGAGUGAUUGUGGCCGAGUCCGAAACUGCGAAUGAGAAAGAAAAGGUGAGGAUUGGGUUGGAAGAGAUCAGGAGGAAGACCAUUCAGGUCGAGUCCAUGUCGGUCAAAGUCGAGGAGAUGGAGAAAUUUGCAGUGGGUACGAACGGUAUGCUGAAUGAGAUGAGGCAGCGGGUUGAAGAUAUGGUGCUGGAGACCACUCGGCAGAGGCAGCGCGCUGCUGAAAAUGAGCAGGAGCUUAGUCGUGUGAAGAACGACUUUGAGUCGCUCAGAACUUAUGUCAGCACACUCGUUAGUGUCAGAGAAACUCUUCUUUCAUCGGAGAAGCAAUUCGAGACAAUGGAGAAGCUUUUUGACAGGCUAGUCGCAAGGACCAACCAGCUCGAGACUGAGAAGGCACAGAAAGAAGCUGAAGUCCAGAAGGUGAUGGAGGAAAAUGUGAGGCUACGUGCCAUGGUCGACAAGAAGGAUGCACAGCUCCAGGCGAUGAGUGAGCAGUGCAAGUUCAUGGCUCUGAACCGUCCAAACUAGCAGAAGACAGAUACACCAGAUAAGAAACCUGCUCUUGUCCAACUGAUGUCACUUACAGUUACAUUGCCGCGGCAGUGAAAAGAAAAAGAAGUUAUAUCCCUGGGGGUCCAGAAUAACCGACGAUGAUGCCCUGUUCCCGGGUCCGUGAUUCGUAGUGCAAACCCAAUCGUGAAUUGUUGUUACCUUAGAUGUGGUGUAUCGAAAUCGCAACCAUGACAGACAUUUGUUGUAUCUUGAUUGUGUGUGUAAAGGCUGGGCGCAUUUGCCCGGUUUUCAUAAAUCAUUAGAGAUGUAUAACCGCAGUUCCAUUCAUCCUUCUGCCUGAACCAUAUAGUUCAGCCGCUGUUUUAACUGUGGUGCUGUUAAAAAUAACUGAAAUGUUUUGCUUAUA